AUGGUUCAGAAGGUAGCCGUGAUUGGCGCAGGGAUUUCAGGCUUGACCAGCAUCAAGUCCUGCUUGGAGGAAGGGCUGGAGCCCACUUGUUUUGAGAGCGGCCCGGACAUCGGCGGUCUAUGGAGAUUCAAGGAGGAACCAGAGCCCGGACGGGCUAACAUUUACGAGACGGUGGUACUCAACACCUCCAAGGAAAGAAUGGCCUUCAGUGACUUCCCACCUCCCGCGCAGCUCCCCAACAACAUGCAUCACUCCGAGGUGCUGCUCUACCUGCGACUCUACGCGCAGAACUUCGGUCUUCUACCGCACAUCCGCUUCAAGACUGCCGUGGUAGGUGUGAGGCAGACUACAGAUUUUGACGUAACUGGACAAUGGGAGGUAGAAACCGAAGCGCUAGAUGGACGGCGACAAAGAGAGGUUUUUGAUGCCGUGAUAGUCAGUACAGGAUGCUUCACUACACCCCACCUGCCACUUAAAGAAUUUCAAGGUUUAGAAAGCUUCAAUGGCAAGUACUUUCACAGCUGGGAAUACAGGAACACUGACGGUCUACAGGGGAAAAGAGUAGUGGUCAUCGGGAUUGGGUCAUCCGGAGGCGAAAUUGCCGUGGAUAUUAGUCGAGUUGCUGAAAAGGUGUACCUAAGCUCCAGAAGCGGUGCAUGGGUAGUGAGCCGCGUGGGACCCCGGGGCCUCCCAGUGGACAUGGUCCACAUCACCCGCAUGGAUAGGAUACUCCAAAAACUCUUUCCUUCUCUUAGCAACAAGAUGACGGAGAAGAUAUUCAACAAAGUGUUUGAUCAUGAGCUCUAUGGACUGAAGCCACGACACAGGAUUUUUCAGCAUAAUGUUGUGGUGAGCGACAACCUACCGGCUCAGAUCAUCUCAGGUCGUGUUCAAUUGAAGCCGAACAUCAAGCAAUUCUGCGGAUCUACUUUGGUCUUUGCAGACGGCAGUUCUGUUGAAAAGGUGGAUGUGGUAGUGUUUGCCACAGGAUACAACUACAGCUUCCCCUUCCUGCCUCUGGCCCUACAGGAGAAGUCAGGCCACCGCCUGUGCCUUUAUAAACAUGUCUUUCCACCCAGGCUCUCCAGACCCACACUGGCAGUGGUGGGCUUCAUCAGUGGGUUAGGGUCUUUCACGCCGUUGGCUGAAAUGCAGGCCCGCUGGGCUACCAGAGUUUUUAAAGGUUUAUCAAAUUUACCUACUGAGCAGACAAUGCUGGAUGAUAUUGCGACAGAAACUGAAACUAUGCACAAAAGGUAUGUCUGCUCUGAGCGAACCCCCAUCCAUGUGCCCUGGAUCCCGUACUUGGACUUUCUGGCUACUGAGAUUGGCGUUAGACCAAGCAUGAUGCGGCUUCUUCUAAGCGAUCCCAAACUGGCGUUGCAGGUGUUUUUUGGGCCAUGCACGUCCUAUCAGUAUCGACUGACAGGGCCGGGCCACUGGGAUGGGGCUCGCCAGGCCAUCUUCUCUCAGUGGGACCGAGUGCUUCGGCCAUUCAACAGCAAAGUGGUGCCGAAAGCCUUCAAGAUAAGAUUGGUACCGAGAAUGAGAAUAGCAUCCAAACUGAGCAUGGUGCUAUUCUCCGGUGCAGCCCUGCUUUAUGGCUCAUUCAACAAUAUAUGA